CUGAACGUCCUCGUGUUUUUAACUCGUCCGCACACGUGAGUUUUGUAAACACCAGGGUGGACGUGCGCGGCCAUCCUCGCAGCUCCAUGAGGCCCCCUUACCUCCCCCUGGCGCUGUGUGCCAGCCUCCUGUGCCUGUGCCGGAGCUACACCCUCAGGAGCUCCGUGUCCUGGGUCGUGUCGUCCAACGACGUGGAUGUGGAAGGCGCCGACCUGUCCGAAGAGGUGGCCCCCGCGCUGCUGGUGGACGGCGCGGGGCUGUGGAAAGCCAACGUCCUCGGAGACCGCCUCGAGACUCCCGCACGCGGAGAGCCGGCGGAGCCCGAAAGCGCAGAAGCGGCGCAGCUGUCCCCACGCCUGUUCUCGUACCCCGUGGAAAAGGCGAAGCAGUCCGGCGGCGGCGGCUCUCCUCCUCCACACCAGGAGACCGCCAGGACCGCCCGCUACAUCGCCCACUACAGCGACUGGGGUCACCUGGCCACCAUUUCGACCCAAGACAAGAUCAGAGGUCUGCCCUUUGGAAACAUUUUCUCUGUCAGUGACGGACCGCUGGAAAACAGCACUGGAGUGAUCUAUUUCUAUGUGACUCCAAUGGACAACACUGUGACGGACCUGAAAAGUAACCCAUAUGCCUCUCUCACAUUCUCGGAGGCUGAGGGGGACUUCUGCAGGCAAAUGGUGUAUGAUCCAGAGGAUCCCAGAUGUGCUCGGCUCACACUGACAGGCAAAAUGGUGGAGGUGGAACCAGAGGAGCUCGCUUUUGCAAAGGAGGCGAUGUUCUCGAGACACCCAGUGAUGGCAAAGUGGCCAGUGGGACACAAGUGGUUCUUCAUGAAGAUGGAUUUGAUUCAGGUGUGGCUACAGGACUGGAUCGGGGGAGUAUCAAUCAUCCCGCUGGAGGACUACUUCAAGGCUUCGCCCUUCUGAGAUCCUGCUUUGCCUCGCUUCAUAACAGACGCACGUCGGUUCUGCCGUGUGCGCCGCAGUUAACACUUGGCUCGGUCUGAUAACAAAACAGUGACGUGCUAGGACUAUAAAUAUAAAAGUGUGUGCAUCUAUUGCUUUUCAGAAGGCUGCUGCUGUUUUAAUUAGAGAGAGAGAGAGAUGUUGCAUGUAUCCCUUCUCUUCCCUCCCGGUCACUCAACAGUUGACGGUUUCAUAAGCUUCAUGUGUGAAUGUAUGUAAAGUGUUUAUAAAGCGACUGAUCAUAUGUACUUGUAAUCUUUAUAGUCUAUUUUAUGGGUUUGCUCUACAAUGAUAGUGUUUUGAAAAUAAAGUCAAAUUUUCUAUUGAAAACCGUAAA